AUGGAGCUCUCGGUUCAUGUGAACCCUUCCUUGCGCCAAACUCGGCAGAGAACCCUGCCUCGUGGAUUACAGGAUCGAUAUGCCUCGAGUGUGCGACAGUAUCUGACGCAGGCAAUGCUUCAAAAAGGCAAAGAACUGAACAGCAGAAGACCAGUGCCUCGCCCAUGCUUGAUUGGUUCUGAGUGUCAAGUCCGUGACCCUGGUUGUUGGAGUUCGGUCGAAACUGACGUUGGUUGA